UGCUGUCGAGUGUUAAAACGUAUCGAACGGGUUUUAAACGCGGUCAAUAACGACGACAGCCACAAACGUGAGAUGAGCUCAAGCAUCAGCCAAAUCUAACCGACAAGUACCUAGACUCCGGCCCAUUCUUGUUGCAGUGUAUAAAGCUAACGCGUAAGAACUUUUAAACGAAACAGAUUAACUGAUUUCUCAAAUAUUAAGAUAACUUGUGAAGCGGCAAAAUGUUGAUCCGCUGGAAAAGUAAAGAUAAAAGUGCAUCAACUAAUCAGAGCGGCAAUGCAAGUAGCAGCUCAUCAUCGAAGAAGAAGCGCAAGGGACGGGAAGGAGAAGAAGACUGGCAAAAUGAAAAUAAACCGGCUCGCCUGCAAAGUAACGAGCAGGGUGGCGACGAGCGUAGACGCGCAAUGCGACGCGAUGAUCCGCGAAGACACACACUCGGUGGUGACAUUCUGGUCUACGGCAGCUCACAGCAUCCGCAUCCGCAUCAAAUGGCGCAGCAACAGCAGCGAGCCAUGGAUCUGGAAAUGAGCACACGAGCGCAGAAGAAUAAGAAAAAUCAACCGAUGCGCGGUUAUGCACCCGUUAAUCAAGGCCCAUUGUUCGAUGACGAUCCUGGCAUUAUGUCCGAGGUGGAAACAGCCAGCACUGGGUUUCGACGAGGCGGCAAACAGCGCUCUUCGUUGCCAGUGGUGCGUACGCCCUCAAAGACGCUCGAGCGACCGCUUGGGCUGGUCUUCUUGCAAUAUCGCUCAGAGACCAAGCGGGCGUUGCUUCCAAAUGAGAUCACCUCGAUAGAUACGGUGCGUGCGUUGUUCGUGCGCUCGUUUCCUCGUCAGCUGACAAUGUCAUACUUGGAAGGACCCAACGUCAAGAUCUACAUACACGAUGCCAGCAAGGACAUGUUCUAUGAGCUGGAAGACGUGCGUUCUCAUCUGCGCGAGAUACGCGACCGCUCCGUCUUACGUCUGUUUGAAUCAACAGAGGUAGCCGCACCUCCACAGAUUCUCCCUGGUGGUCCGGGCAUACCACAGCCCUUACCACAAGCACCUUCAAGCUGGGAUCAGGAUCAGAGUUAUUUCAGCGAGCCCGAGUUCGAUUCGGAUUUCAAGCAUCAGCACAUCCACAAAUCGAAGAUUGGUAAACAGCCAGCUCCGUAUUAUGUGGGCUCGUCGCAGACCUUGCCACGUGGGAUGUACGGAUCAGAUCGUAACAAAAUUUCAAUGGACGGAUAUACCAGCUCUCCAGAGAGGAGCACACGGAGCAACUAUGAGGAGCCAUACUAUAGCCAAUAUGGUACGCGCGGACCUGUUGUAGCGCCAAUCAUAGACGAGGAGCAAAGCGAUGUCGCCCUCGUGGAAGAUCAAUAUUCGUUGUAUGGGAUCAAAGUUGGUCCAAAUCGUCUGCCACACCGUGGUAAUCAGAUCUAUGAUCCAACCAGGCCAGAAGAUUUGCAUCGCAUUCGUGUUGAGCAUAUGGAGCGUCAAUUGGCGAACCUCACUGGAUUGGUCCAGAAGGCAUUAGUUAACCAAAAUCCCCAAAUUGCGCCGAUACCGGUACCCACAUUGGACCCCAACUAUCUUGUCGUGCCAACCCAAAUGCAAGCUAAUGGUUCCGCCGAUGAACUAUACAUUAGAGAAAAGGCACCUAAGCUGGGCAAGAAUUCAUGUCAAAAAUCCGUGUCCUUUGAGAAAUCGGUUUCAUUUAGUGACGAUAUACAAGGAAUACCCAAGUCACAUAGCCCCCUACAUGCCGUUAAGUCUCGUCGGUGUGGACAAUUUAUGCGUUCGUUGACUUUGAUUUCAUUCUGGCCUUUAAGUCUUUAAGGGGCUUUGAGAAUCGUUGUACACCUAUUCCCA